UAAUUAAAAAAAAAAAGAAGCAAAAGAAUCGGGGGGGAUGAAGGAACGCUUCAACGGCAUAAAUUUGUGGCUCAGUCACUUUCCUACUUCCUCUCUCUCGAUUCAUCAUAUCAUUGAUCGCAUUUUUCUAGGGUUUUUAGAGAUAGGUAAAAUUGAAGAGGGUGUUGGUUCGUGAGGUGUGGUAGUAGUAGAUCUGAGGGGGUUGGAUUUUUAAGAAAUGAGCGCAUCAAGGUUCAUAAAGUGCGUGACCGUCGGUGACGGAGCAGUGGGUAAAACCUGUCUCCUCAUCUCUUACACCAGCAACACUUUCCCUACGGAUUAUGUUCCCACCGUUUUCGAUAACUUUAGCGCUAAUGUUGUUGUUAAUGGAGCCACUAUCAACCUUGGCUUGUGGGAUACCGCCGGGCAGGAGGAUUAUAACAGAUUGAGACCCUUGAGUUACCGCGGUGCUGACGUUUUCAUCUUAGCCUUCUCUCUUAUCAGUAAGGCUAGUUAUGAGAACGUCUCCAAGAAGUGGAUCCCAGAGCUGACCCACUAUGCCCCUGGUGUCCCUAUUGUUCUUGUUGGAACCAAACUAGAUCUUAGGGAUGACAAACAGUUCUUCGUUGACCACCCUGGUGCUGUACCUAUUACCACUGCUCAGGGAGAGGAAUUAAUGAAGCUAAUUGGAGCUCCUUCCUACAUUGAGUGCAGUUCAAAGUCACAGCAGAACGUGAAGGGGGUGUUUGAUGCAGCGAUCAGAGUGGUACUUCAACCUCCAAAGCAGAAGAAAAAGAAGAGCAAAGCACAAAAGGCCUGCUCCAUUUUGUAAUUUCUCUGCUUCUCUUGUCUCUCGCUCUUUCCACUCUCUAGUGAAGGCUUACGAAGAAGAAACACAUUGGGCUUAAAGAUGGUUGUGAUAAGUUCCUUAAUCCUUAGAAAACGAUUACUUCUGGUUUUUACUGAUAAAUAGUUUCCAGCUUUAGCUGAGAGCUAAUAUUGCACUACCA